GUAGCGUUGAGACUGGAUCUAAGAUUAUGACUGCUGGGGCUCAAGGUAUAAAGAAUGUAACCCUAGAGUUGGGUGGGAAGUCUCCUCUAAUUAUAUUCGAGGAUGCAAACUUGAAGAAUGCUGUGAAAGGAGCUCUCAUGGCAAACUUUUUCACUCAGGGAGAAGUGUGUUCCAAUGGAACUAGAGUGUUUGUACAAAGAGGAAUUUACGAAGAAUUUAUCAAAGAGUUUGUAUUCCAGGCCAAGAAUAUGAAAAUAGGAGAUCCUUUACUAGAUGAUACGACUGUAGGAGCCACUAUUAGUGAGGAGCAUGCUCUGAAGGUUCUAAGCUAUAUCAGAUCUGCAGUAUCCGAGGGAGCUAAACUAGAGUAUGGAGGAGAACGUGUUCUCCUGGAGGGGGACUGCAAGGACGGAUGGUUCCUGUCUCCAGCAGUACUAACCAACUGUAGAGAUGAUAUGAAGGCUGUAAAGGAGGAGAUAUUUGGUUCGGUUGCAUCUGUUCUAGUGUUUGAUACUGAGAAGGAGGUGGUGGAAAGGGCGAAUGAUACAGUAUUCGGGUUAGCAGGAGGAGUAUUUACAAACAAUCUUACCCGGGCUCAUAGGGUUAUCUCUCAAAUCCAGGCUGGAACUACCUGGAUAAACACCUUUAACUUGAGUCCUGCUGAAGUUCCAUUCGGAGGCUGGAAAAUGUCAGGUAUUGGACGGGAGAAUGGUUGGGCUGGUAUUGAUCACUAUACCCAGUAUAAGACGACCUAUGUGGAGAUGAAUGAUGUGGACUGUGGUCAACUCUAUACAGAACAUUAAACACUGGAAAAUGUUAUCUUUAAGAUUAAAGUUGUUUCAUAAAUAAUAUCAAACAUGAA